AUGGCCGUAGCUCUUACAAUUAGGAAAAGCCUAUUAGCCAUCACUCUGGCCGGAAUUCUAGUGGGGCUGAUGCUGGAAUCUACCAUGGGUCAGAACUGUGGCUGUUCAUCGAACCUCUGCUGUAGCCAAUAUGGGUAUUGUGGCAGCGGCCAUAAUUAUUGUGGCGCUGGAUGCCAAGAAGGUCUUUGCUAUUAUAACAUAACUACUAACGCAACUACUAACGAUGUUGUGGUAGCUCAUAUUGUGACACAGGAGUUCUUCGAUGGGAUAGUGAAUCAGGCCCUAUAUUCAUCCUGCAAAGGGAAAACCUUCUAUACUUGGGAUGCAUUCCUCAAAGCCCUUGAUUCGUAUACAGCCUUUGGCAGGGUCGGGACAGUCGAUGACUCUAAACGUGAGAUUGCAGCAUUUUUAAGCCUGACCACUGUUUUAUUAGGAUAUUUCUGUUACACUGAGGCGGUAAAUGGGAACUCAAGUUAUUAUUGUGAUAAGACUUAUACACAGUACCCGUGUGUGACCGGAAAGAGUUACUAUGGUCGUGGACUACUUCAGCUAACGUGGAAUUAUAACUACGGUGCUGCAGGAAAUAGCAUAGGAUUUGAUGGGCUAAAGACUCCUGAAACUAUGGCCAACGAUGUUGUUAUUUCAUUCAAGACAGCAUUGUGGUUCUGGAUGAAAUAUGGCCACUCAAUUAUUACUUCUGGUCAAGGGUUUGGAGCAACGAUUAAAGCCAUCAGUGGUCCAACUGAAUGCAAUGGUGGAAACAUAGAAAAUGUGCAAGCUCGUGUUCAGUAUUACAUGGAAUAUUGUGACCAAUUUGGUGUAUCACCUGGUGACAACCUCAGUUGCUAUAAUUUUGACUGCUCUGGAUUAUCUAUUUCUAUUUCUAUUCUAUGA